GGGGGGCUGGUGCUGGGUUCACUCCCGCCUCUGCUCCCGCAGCUCCAGGACAGCCCUGCGGACAUUCCCUGGAAUUCCCGCCGGGAAUCGCCGCAGCGGGAGCGGGGCCGUGACCUCGGUGACCCCGGAAAAAGCCCCGACCUUCCUCCUCCUCCUCGGUGAAAGUCACGUUUCUGAUCACAUCCUCCUCCUCCUCCUCCUCCCCCCGAGCUUCCUCUUCCCCCCCGGGCACGGAACGCCGCUCCUGGAACACCCCUGGCACCGAGAGAAUUCCCGGGACCCACAGAAUUCCUGCGACACUUUUGGGACCGGCCGAAGUUCUGGGACACUUUGGGGACUUUUUGACGGAAUUUUUGGGCCAGGACUCGCCCCGGCAGAUGGAUCGGGAGGAGUUUUCCUCGCUGGGCCGGUACCGGCAGCUCGGAAGGGGCAGGGCCUGGCCGUGGAGCCCGGACAGGGUGCGAGGAGCCGAGGAGAGCGGGAGAAACACCGGGGGAGAGGCGGGAGACGGGCAUGGAUGUGCCCAGGUGGAUGGGAAAGAACCGGGGAGCCACCGGGAUGCCGGAGCCCAGCCGGGAAAGGUGAACCCCAGCGGGAUCCAGCCCCUCGGGAAGGAUUGUGGGGAUGAGCCAGCCCGGAAUGGGAAUGUGCCCAGGGAAGGGAUGGAUCAGCCCCAGCCCCCGCUCCAGGCUGGGAGCAGCCAGGGUGAGGAGGGAGAAUCCAGCGGCUCCUCCCGGAGCUGGGAUAGGGAUGGUGCCAGGCACGGCCAGAGCCAGGGAGUGGAACCCCGGGAGCGGGUCUGGGAAAAGCUGCGCAGGUUGGGAGAGAACAUGGAGCAGUGGGAAGGGAAAUCCACAGCAGAGCUGGCGGCCGGGCUGGCCCAGCACAUCGCGGGGACGCCCACGUGCAGCUACCCCGCGGAGCCGGGAAUCCGCUGGGAGCCGGGAAUCCGUCAGGAACCUGGAAUUUUCCAGGAGCCGGGAAUCCGUCAGGAAUCAGGAAUCCAUCAAGAGCCGGGAAUCCGUCAGGAGCCGGGAAUCCGUCAGGAGCCAGGAAUCCAUCAGGAGCCAGGAAUCCAUCAGGAGCUGGGCUCUGGAGCCAGCCAGGAUGCCGGGAUUCCCGCCGGGAUUUAUGGGAGCUUCGUGGGAAUGCUGAGGGUCGACGGGAAUGCUGAGAGCAGGGACUCAGACUCGGGCUCGGGCUCAGACUUGGACUUGGACUCAGACUCGGGCUCGGACUCGGGCUCGGACUUGGAGCAGCCCAUUGUGAUCGCGUACCUGCAGCUGAGCCCGCACGCCAGGGCGCUGGCAGAGGGAAUCUCGGAUGUGUGGGCGCGCUCCCACCUGGAUUGCGGGCGGCUGAGCCAGGAGGAGCUGCUGGACGGGGGCCCAGUGCCCUUCCAGAGGGAGCGCCCACAGUCCAGGCACAAGGAGAGGCUGAUGGAGAGGCUGCUGCAGGAAUACCUGGAGCAGGGGAUCGUGAAGAAGCGCACCUCCAACUCCAACAAUCCCUGGACUCUCAUCCGGAAGCCCAAAGGGCGCGGCUGGCGCCUCUCCCUGAAGUGCUCGGAGCUCAACGCCGCCACCCCCGUGGGGCCCCCAGAGCGGCCGCGCCGGGAGGCGAUCCUGGCAUCCAUCAGCCACCGCAGCUGCUUCUUCUCCGUGCUGGAUUUAUCCAGCGCCUGCCUCGCCAUCCCCUUGGCCAAGAGCUGCUGGGGCCGCUUCGCCUUCACCUUCCGGGGCCAGCAGUUCGUGUUCACGCGGCUGCCGCCCACGUUCCACGGCACCAACUCCAUCCUGCACCGCCGCGUGGCCGCCAUGCUGGCCCAGCUGGAGCCCGGAGCCACUCCCGGUGUUUUCCACAUUUACGACGACAUCCUGAUCACCGGGAAGAGCCGUGAGCAGGCCGAGCGCCGCACCCGCCUGGUGCUGGAGCUGAUCCGAAGCACCGGCUUCAAAGCCAACCCGGACAAGGCGCAGCUGGUGCAGAGCACGGUGAAUUACCUGGGAAUCACCAUCGGAGCCGAGGGGUACUGCAUUUCCGGGGAAAAGGUGGAGGAGAUCUGCGCGGAUCUGGACGCUCCCGGCCCCUGGGAUCCCGCCAGGCUCCACUCCAUCCUCGAGAAGUUCAACGCCUGCAAGAAUUUCAUUCCCGACCUCUGCGAGCUGAAGCUGCCGCUGCAGCGCCUGGUGGGGCAGGGGAACCGGCAAUGGAAAUGGGGGCAGGAGCAGAGGCAGCAGCUGCAGCGGCUGAGAAAGGCUCUGGAGGAUGCUCCCGUCCUGGGCUUCCCAGUGAAAUCCCGGCCUUUCGUGAUCCGGAUCUCCGUGCACGCGGAGACGGCGGGAGCGGCGCUGCUGCAGGAAAAAGCGGGAAUGCUGCUCCCAGUGUGGUACUGCUCCCACAAGCUCAGAGGCAAGGAUGUGUCCCUGCAGGACGCGUGGUGCCAGGCGGCCGUCAGGGCUGUCCAGGAAUUCCAGGCCUUCACGGGGCCAGCUCCCAUCAUCAUCCAGAAUCCCAAUGGGAAUUUCCUACUGCGGGGAUUGGACACCGGCGGCUGCCGGUGGCAGGAGGAGUGGACACUGCUCGUGGCCCCCGCGGGCCCGGUGCUGCGGGAAUCCCAAAGGAUCACGAUCGGGCUGGCCCCGCCGCUCAGGGAUUUGCCUGACGGCUUCCCCAGAGCCAACGUGUGGUUCCUGGCCGUGGAGAAGGUAACGCACCAGGCCACCUCCAUCGGCUUCGGCCUGGCCAACCUGCAAGGCCGGCGGAUGACAGCGGUGUCCGGGAAGAGCUCGGUGCCCAAGGUGGAGCUGGAGGCGCUGCGGGAGCUCCUGGAGCAGCAUGGGAGCCGCUCCCCGCUGUUCCUCUAUUGCAACUGCCCGGGGCUGGUGGCGCGGCUGGAACAGCUGGAGCAGGGCUGGAACGCCGCCGGGGACGCCUGGCCCAUCGUGCUGCGCUGGCUCCGAGCCUUCCCGGGAAUGCUCAGCAUCCGCGAGGUGGGAACGGACGCGGAUCCGCUGGAGAGGGAGCGGAUCGAGGACGUGAGCAGCUCGGUCAGGAUCUUGCCCGCGAUCACCAGGAGCAGCUGGAUAAUGUGGAAACCAUCCCAGUAUGAGACGCAGGAAGUGGUGGCCCAGUGCCACCGCGAGCACGAGGACGUGGAGAGCACCCUGGCCAGGAUGAGGGAAGAGGAAUUCUACGGAAACAACCAGGAGGACGUGACCCGCUGGGUGCAGAACCCCGACCCCGAGAGCGACGCCGAGGCCCCGCAGCGGGCAGAGGGCCCCUGGUCCCGCCUGCGGCUCAGCCUCUCCCAGGCCCUUCCCAGCACUCCCGAGGGCUUCCAGGCGCUGCUGGUGGCUCAGGACGCGCUCUCGGGCUGGCUCGACGCCUUCCCGCUGCGCCAGUGCUCCGAGGCGGAGCUGACCCAAACGCUGCUCCAUAAAGUUUUCGGGCGUUUCGGGAAGGUGCAGAGCGUCGUGCUGGCACCAGCGCCCGCCUGGGUGUGGCAUUCCCUGCAGGAGCCACCGCUCCGGGCGUUCUGGAGCCGCCUGGAGCACUCGGAGCCGCAUUUGGCGGCGGCGGGCGUGUUCAGGGCGGCGCAGGUGGCCAGGCAGGGCUGGGCCGAGGCGCUGCCGCUGAUCCUGGCCGCCAGCAGGUCCCAGUGGGUCAAAGAGGGGGAGCUGGAGCCGCUGCUCUACAUCCCCGAGCUGCCGCUGGAGGUGUGCUGGGAAUGGCCGGAGCAGCCGCCCCACGGGAUCGGGGAGAACGAGCAGGCCCGGCUGCGCGCCAUGCGGCUGCGGCCGCGGCCCCGCAAUCCCGUCAUGGGCACCCUCUGGGCUUCUCCGGCCCAGCCCGGCACCUGGAUACUGGGGUGCCGGAAUUGGGGCGUGCCGGACCCGGGCUCGGAGUACGCCAGGAACCCGUGCACCAUCCGCUGGCUCCAGGACUGGAACACGCCGGAGGGCAGGAUCAAGAUUUACCAGAUCCGCAGGCAGGGGCCUCUGGAUAUGGGCUCGGGGUACCAGGAUUUCGGGAUAUCGCAGCUCCCCGGUUACCAGGGCUGAGGGAUGCAAACCCCCACUGCAGGAUUUAGGUGGGACUUGGGGUGGGUUUAGGCUGGGAGAGGUUUAGGUGGGGCUGGGAGGGGUUUUAGGCUUAGCUGGGAGAGGUUUUAAGCUGGACUGGGAGAGCUUUUAGGCCUGGUGAAGCUUCUAGGCGGGACUGAGCAGCUUUUAGGUGGGGCUGGGUGGCUUUUGGGCAGGACUGAGCAGAGUUUUAGGCCUGGGAGAACUUUUAGGCUUCUUUUAUGCUUCUUUUAAGCAGGACUGGGGUUCUUUUAAGCAGAACUGGGGUUCUUUUAAGCAGGACUGGGGUUCUUUUAAACAGGACUGGGGUGGGGGGGAUUUUAGGCAGAAUUUGGCACCUUUUUGAUCUGGUGAAGAUUUAAGUCAGGACUGAGAGACUUUUAGGCCUGGGAGAGCUUUUAGGUGGGACUGAGCAAGGUUUUAGGACUGAGAGUGCUUUUAGGCUGCAUUGAGGAGCUUUUAGAACUGGUCAAGCUCUUAGGCCGAGCUGAGGGGCUUUAGGCGGGACUGGGGGAGGUUUUAGGGGGGAUUAGGACAAGUUUUAGGUAGGAUUUAGGACCUUUUAGAACUGAUGAAGUUUUAAGUCAGGACUAGGGCGCAUUUAGGCCUGGGAGAGCUUUUAGGCUGGACUAAGCCUGGCUCAAGCUCCUGCUCCACUGGCUGGGCCCAGGCAGGGAAAUCUCCCAGCUCCAACUGGUUUGAACUGGGCUGGGCUUUUCCCUGGGAGCACUGGGGAAAAAAAACAUUCCCAAUCCCAGAGCCCAGGAGCACUUCCCAAUGUCCUGGAAUAUUUUCUCUAGGAUGUUUUCUCUGGAAUGUUUUCUCUGGAAUGUUUUCUGGGAAUGUUUUCCCGGGGAUGUUUUCUCGGGAAUGUUGUUUCCCCUCUUGUUCUACCUCUUGUUCUCUUCAUUAAACCGAGUUUGAACUGCA